CAUCGGGCUCAAACUCUCUCUGACUUGCACGAUCGUUUACUCACGCAUGUGCCCCCCCAAGUCCAGUGGCAGCAUGGCUCUUCCGGUGCCCAGGUGGGGCGUCGAACGCGCCGCGGAGGAAGACGUCGGCUCGGGCGGCGUCAAGCGCCAGCUCAUCGCGGCAGGCGCGAAAGCCACGACCCGGAAGGAGAAGGUUGAUAAGAUGGCGGUGCUCUUGGGGGUGCUGGCGCUCACUCAGGUCGCGGAGGUGCGCGAUCUCAUCGGGGCGUCGCACUGCGCCGCGAUUCUGGAUGCGGACCACGCGAUCGCCAUGGCGAUGGCGCAGGCGGGCAAGGGCUGCCACGCGGCGGCGGAGGACUUGAAGGGGGAUCCCAAGGGCGAGGCUGACCUGCUGGGCCCUCCCUUCCUUCGCGUCUUCAAGGAGCUGGUGCGAGCGGCUCGCGGUCUGGCGACUGUCGGGGAGGACCGCGAGAGCGUGCUUGGCAUGUUCUGGGAGGAGGUCAUUCUCCAGAAGCCGUUGAUGGAGGUGGUGGAGCAGGCGAGGCACUGCCGCUGCAGGCUGACGCGCAGGAAGAAGGACGUGAGCAACAAGGUGCGCAUCGCCCUUUGCUCCUGCAGCCAGUGGAUGGAGCUCGAGCGCGCGGCGCUGUCGGCUCUGCGGGUGUCCAGCGCAGAGUGCAAAUAAGCCCCGCCUCCGAAGAGCCUGCUGGGGCGCGAGGUGAGCGUGCUUCUGGGCGAUCUGAACAAGAUCUGAGUCUCGCGGAGCUGGGAACAUUGGCCCGUCGUCUCUCGUUGUUCUGUGAACGCAUGGCUAUCGCGUUGAGCUCAGGGCAGCUAGAUCCAGGCUUGGCCGUUGCUCUUCUGAUGCGGAAGCAGGGGCGAGAUGUUCGUCCCGCUUCUUCGAAUGGCAAAGCUUAAAAAAAGUCUGGCUGGCGUGCAGCCUGGCCAGCUUCGGCGGGCCGCCCGCGUCGGCGGCGUCAGCGAGCUCGUGCCCGACGGCGCACGGGCCUGCGAGAGCAGUUCGGCGGAUUCUUGUUCUCCCCGACGCAGCUGCAAGGGGUCCAGGUCUGCUGCUGGUGCCGAUGCUGCAAAGCCGAGUAAUAAUAUCAA